AUGUCUGAAGGGCACGGAGAGCCUAAUAUGCUACGAAAAGAAAGUGUGGCUAAUGCCAACGUGCCUAGUGAUAGUCCAGUGACAGAUCCUGGUCAGGUGAGAGGUGGAACCACAGAUGGCAAUGCUGGAAAAUUCGAAGGACAGAGAGUCAAAUCUGGGGCUUUGAAGAAGGCAGCGCGAUACAGAAGCAGGUCUUUAUCAGCUUCGUCAGCAGACUCCUAUAGUUCUACUUCAUAUACAGGGUCAUCAUCAGACGAGGACGAAGGAGUCCAGCCCCAUGAAAAAGCCAUAGCUGCGGGUCAGGCGAAUCCACCAUACUGCGUUAGGAAUGUAGAGCAACAUGCCUUCGGAAGGAGAGAGAUAGAAAUAGCUGAACAGGAGAUGCCUGGAAUCAUGGCGUUACGAGCCAGGGCGAAAGAUGACAAACCUUUGAAGGAUGCUAAGAUUGUCGGAUGUACCCACAUAAAUGCACAAACAGCGGUGUUGAUAGAGACACUUGCAGCGCUAGGGGCGACAGUACGCUGGGCUGCUUGCAAUAUUUACAGCACUCAAAAUGAAGUGGCCGCAGCGUUAGCUCAUGCCGGAUUUGCAAUAUUUGCGUGGCGAGGUGAAAGCGAAGAGGCGUUUUGGUGGUGUAUAGACCAGUGCUGCACACCAAGUAACACUUGGCAGCCAAAUAUGAUCUUGGAUGACGGAGGAGACGCCACCCACCUCAUGCUGAAGAAGCACGCUGCUGCUUUUAAACAGAUCAAAGGUAUAGUAGAAGAAAGCGUGACAGGUGUCCACAGAUUAUAUCAGCUGAGCAAAGCGGGCAAACUGUGUGUGCCAGCUAUGAACGUCAAUGACUCUGUCACUAAGACGAAAUUCGAUAAUCUGUAUUCUUGUAGAGAAAGUAUAAUAGACGCAUUGAAACGCAGCACGGAUAUAAUGUUCGGGGGGAAACAGGCGGUGGUCUGCGGCUACGGUGAAGUGGGGAAAGGCUGUUGCCAAGCGCUGAAGGCUCUUGGUACUGUGGUUUACGUGACAGAAAUAGAUCCAAUUUGCGCUCUACAAGCCGCCAUGGAUGGAUUCAGAGUUGUAAAAUUAAAUGAGGUAAUAAGGCAAGUAGACAUAGUAAUAACAGCAACGGGGAACAAAGGUGUCGUCACACGAGAACACAUGGAGCGAAUGAAAAACGGAUGUGUUGUUUGCAACAUGGGGCACAGCAACACUGAGAUCGAUGUCCACGCUUUGAGAACCCCUGACCUGCUGUGGGAACGAGUUAGGAGUCAGGUCGACCACAUAAUAUGGCCGAACGACAAGCGUAUAGUGCUGUUGGCUGAAGGACGCUUAGCCAAUUUAUGCUGUUCAUCAUUACCCUCAUUUGUGGUGUCGGUUACGGCAGCUACACAGGCGCUGGCGCUGAUAGAACUGUAUAAUGCACCCCAACAUAGGUAUAAGGCGGAUGUCUACUUGCUCCCAAAGAAAAUGGACGAAUACGUCGCCUCCCUACAUUUGCCGACAUUCGACGCUCACUUGACCGAAUUGACCGACGAGCAGGCCAAAUACUUAGGCCUCAACAAGGUCGGCCCAUUUAAACCGAACUACUACAGAUACUAG